GGGGCGCGGCGGCGGCGGCGCCGGGGCCAUGGGGAACCUGUUCGGGCGGAAGCGGCGGAGCCGCGUCACCGAGCAGGACAAGGCGGUGCUGCAACUGAAGCAGCAGCGGGACAAGCUGAGGCAGUACCAGAAGCGGGUGAGCCUGCACCUGGAGAAGGAGAGAGCGUUGGCCAGGCAGCUGCUGAAAGAGGGCAAAAAAGAAAAAGCUAUGCUGUUGCUAAAGAAGAAGCGUUACCAAGAGCAACUUCUAGAUAAAACGGAAAACCAAAUCAGCAACUUGGAACGGAUGGUCCAAGAUAUUGAAUUCACUCAGAUUGAAAUGAAGGUCAUUGAGGGUCUGAAAAUUGGCAAUGAAUGUCUGAACAAAAUGCACCAGGUUAUGUCAAUAGAAGAGGUGGAAAGAAUAAUAGGUGAAACCCAAGAUGCUGUGGAGUACCAGAGGCAAAUAGAUGAGAUAUUGGCUGGCAGCUUGACAGAAGAAGAUGAAGAUGCCAUUUUAGAAGAAUUAAACGCCAUUACUCAGGAACAGAUUGAGCUUCCAGAAGUUCCUUCAGAGCCACUCCCAGAAGAGAUCCCAGAAGCAUCACCCGUCAAGAACAGGCCAAAACCAGAACUGGUGGCAGCAUCUUAACUCCCACUUCUGGGGAUUCCCCCACAUAACUUUCACCCAGGACAGUUUGCCAUCCCAGCAUGAGCUGGGACUAAGCAAUGCCUUGGCAGCAUCCCAGCUGUGCUGGGCGGAUUGUGGAGCAGGAUUCCCUGUGCAGGGUGGGGAACCUCAGCUGACUAUUGCUCUUGUAUCAAGAUUAUUUUCUAGUGCUUUCUUUUUUUGUAACUUAAAUUCUAAACUCACUCAGCUGCGCUGUCUUGGGAGUAAACAACAACAACUCGAAAACUUCCAAAUUCAAAUGCUCUUUAGAUUUGGUUUCAACUGUAAGUCUGCCUCUGCUCUGACUGAAUCCACAGAAAGUCCUCCCCUUAGAGUGCUUAUGUGUUUAUAAAUGGCUGUCAUAGGCAUCUGGCUUUAUGAGAAAGAGACACUGCACUCAUGAGCCCUCCAGACCUUUCUGUUGCCUUCAGUUCAGUCCUCUCAGUCCCUUUGUUUUGCUUUUCUGAUUCUGUCUCUAAAUCAGUGAUUGAUGAAUCACCGAUUCAUACAAAUCAGUGGCUGGAAGGUGUGAGGACCUGUGAGCCACCAUAAGGGCAUGGGCAGACUGCAGUCAGGCUAAAUAAGGCAAUAAGUCUUGAGCUCCUGUAACAUUUUGUGCUACAGGUGGAAAACAGUUCUUCCCUGGCACUGUGGUUUAAAACCAGUUUACGAGUGAGGCUGUUACUUUUGGGCUAAGCUCAGAGCAAUUGCUUCGCUUUACACUUGUCUGCAGCAGCGUUGAUGAAACAGUUCUCCAGUGUGAGGUGAAGAGCUGAUCUACCACUCAGCAUGAGUCAGAGGCAGUGUUAAGGAUUCCCAUUCAGAUGUUGCUCUCCCUAUCUGUCUAUGGUAAUGCAUGGUGCUGAGUGUACCAGCAGAGCUGAACUUACAGAAAUCUGACAAAGCUCUUAAAUUAUGACAAGGACUCUACUGCCUAUUUUGUGAGCUGUAAGUCAUCGCUUAAUGGCUCUGCACCCUCAUCGGAGUCAGAGUUCACCUUUGCAACGUUCAGAUGGACAGAGAUCAAUUCUGCUUUCAGUUGCCAGCUCUCGUUGUUUGAUAUUUCCCUGUAGUGUAGGAGACUGGAAAGGUCAGUCCAGGGUGAUUGAGACUCAUUCUGUACCAGGUAUGAAGUAUGAAGUGUCUUAAAUUAACACUCCAAAGACUGUUCAAUAAGUAGUUAGGGGGGAUCUUUACUGUGGAGGACAGUUCUGUACUUAGCAUGGUUUAGAGGGACUUGGGUUGAUAUAGCUGAUUAAUUAUUUGGAAAAUUGCCUGGCUAGCGAGGUGGCAGGCAGAUUUAGCCGUUCUUGGAAGCAAGCUUAUUUGCCAGCUUGCAGAUGCUCUUCAGGACAUUGCAGAUCUUUAUUUAUUAUAUUCUUGAAGAUGCAACUCUUAAUCCAUUCUUCUGCAGCACAGCAGAAGAAAGACACAGAGGGUUCUUCAAGACUUUUAGUGACUGCCUUUGGGGUUAUGUGAUCCGGUGCUAGACAAUUAUAAAUAUUCCCAGAGACUGUGCUGCUCUCCAACUAGUGGUGAUGGGCCAGCGGUAAUUUUUUUAAUCAUUCUUCUCUUUUUACCUAAGUUUAUUAAAUUCCAAAGACUGGACUGGGCAUUCAGGCCCUUUUGUGAGGGGCAGGAUGCAGAGUGCAAGUCCUCAAAGUGGCAUGCACCUUGGAAUUGCCCUAUUUUCAUUUUCACUGCAGUAGCUUGUAAUUCAUGUUUCUUAAAGCCACUGUUCCACAGGAUUCAGACCUAUCUCUGUUGAUUAGUGUGCAACUUCAGAAAACAAGCUCAACUUUUUCUGAUAUUGGCACAGUAGGCUUAAUGAUAAUUUUGGUGCCUAUGUAAUAAAUGCACUAGUUACCACAGUCAGUGUUUGGAACAGGCCUGUUACAACAACUGUUCAUUCAGCUUUCACAGCUGAAGCUAAAAUGGGGCAGAUCUGUAUCUUAUUUCUCAGCCUUGUGAUUUUUUUUUCUUCAGGCAAGAUUGUUGUUCCCUUUUUUUCUGAGUUACCACCUUGAAUGUCAUGCAAUGCGCACUUUUUCCACCAGAGAGAGCCUUGUGUUCGUCAGCACAGAGAUGUCUUUAAUGUUUUUGUGGAACAUUUUUCUUUCAGUCGCCUUUAGUCCCUUGCUCGCUUGGUGUCAACUUGUUUAAUUUUACCCUAUUUAAUUUGUAAUUCAUAGGAGUGAAUGCUGGACUCUCCCAAUAAGGUCUUGAAGGGACCUGCCUAGGAGCACAGCUUUUGCUGCUAGCACUUGGAGUGAACCCUGUUAAAUAGGGUUGGCACACCUCAUCAUGGAUGAGGAGAGAGCAUCACAGUCUGUGCCCCAGGUCUUUUCCAUGCGCCUCCUGGCAACAAGGGAGACACAAGCCAACCAUCCCAGGGGAAGCUGUGGUGAUGCUGUGCCAGACCCCUGUAGCUGCCAGUCAGGGAACUGAAUAUCCCGGCCCAGCCUGUGCUUUCUAGCUCGGUGCUUCCCUUGGGUGAAAGCUGUAGUCCAGAGAGGCAGCUGGGCUAGUACUGAAGGGGUUAAUGCAGCUCCUUGCAUUCGUAACUGCAGUAAAGAGGCCAUUUACUGAAGUCUUAACAGGAAGGUUUGAAACAGGUUGCCAACAGCUUCCUCUUCUAAUCACUGUACCAAACAGAUUGUACUGUGUCCCCGUGAGAGGAAAAGCCAGGGGUGGUGUGUGACCUCUGUGGUGUGCUGUAACAAUAAAUAUUUCUAAUGGUUUCA